AUGAAAAAUAGUAAUCGCAGGGAUUGUGCGGCUGAUCCAACUUGCGUCUUUUGCAUUGAUUGCUUUCAGAAAAGUGCCCAUAAAUUACACAGAUAUCGGAUGAGUACAUCAGGGGGUGGUGGGUUUUGUGAUUGUGGUGAUGAAGAAGCCUGGAAACAACAUCAUUCUUGUGAAAUGCACAGUCAAGCACCUGAUCAACCUGCACAGAAUCCAAUGGAGAGAUUGCCCAGUGAGAUGAAAUUAAAAACUGCCUUACUAUUUGAGAUAGUGUUGAAUUAUGCUUGUGACUUGUUGUCAUGGGAACAAUGUGACACAUUGCCUAGUGGAUUACAACCAAGUACUUUGGAUGAUAUUUAUUGCACCAUGUUGUUCAAUGAUGAAACUCAUUCAUAUGCGGAGGUUAUUGAUAAUUUGAAGAAGGCUGUGGAUUGCACACAUAAAGAUGCUGUAGAAUUUGCUACUAUAGUAGACAGAGAGGGACGGAAUAGCGUUGUGGAGGGAAAAUUUCGCAUCUGUGAACAUGCUCGCAGUACGAUUCAGCGCAAUACAUCUAGGCAUGGGAAUGCAGCCUUGAAAGUCCAUGUCAUGCAUAUGUCAGUCGUUGCACAUCAGACGUUUGCCAUGAAGCUCUUAGCAUGGCUGACAGAAGUCAUUGUACAUUCAGAUGGUUUGCAACAGUUGUUGUGUAUAGAAUGUAUGAAAAUGUUUAAAGACACAGACAAGGUGUUAAUUGAACAUGUUAUGUUGAUGGAUACAAAGCUAUGGAAAGCUGCUCGUGUAGCUUGGCACCAAGUGAUAAUGAGUAGUUUAUUGAUGAAUCAGGAAUUCAAAAAGAAGUUUGCUAUUCUAUAUACCAAGGUUUACUCUGAUUUACAAAGUGAUUUCAUAGAAGAUGAUCAUGACCAUGGGGUCUCUGUCACUUCGCUGUCAGUUCAAAUGUUUACUGUACCGACACUGUCUCGAAUGCUAAUUGUAGAGCAUGACCUAUUUUCCAUUGUACUGCGUACAUUUAUCAAAUAUGCAGCUACAUGUAAAGAAGGUGAAAGUAAACUACGCAUCGAUAGAACAUCAUUGCAGAAGCAUUCUAUUAGAAUGUUAUUUACUUCAGUUGAUCUCAGGUAUAUACUGUCUUCCAAGCCAGAUGAAUGGGAACCAAAGUUACGCAAAAAGUUUGUUGAAGGAGUGUGUGUUUUAUUGGAAUUACUUGCAGCUAUGCAGGGGGUGGAUUCUGUUACCAGGCAGGUUGGACAGCAUAUUGAAGUUGAACCAGAUUGGGAAAACGUGUUUAAUUUACAGGCUAAAAUUGGAUCUAUUAUUUCUAUGGUGAUAGAUUGGUGCGGAUCAGAUAGAUCUGUUCUAGUUGAAGUUUAUCGGGAAACUAUGAAAAUGUUGAGGCAGAUAAGUGGCCCUUUUGCAUCAGCAAUCAAGAGAAAAGUUGCCAACUAUGAGUGUAGCUGCAUGUCUUAUGAUGUCUCCAGUCAACCUGUGAGUGUACAUCUACCAUUGACAAGGUUCCUAGCAGGUCUACAUCUUCACCUCCAGAAGCACAGAGUCUCCUACUUCUCAGAAGGUUUCCUUCCUCCACAAGCGUUGACUCCAGUAGAGAUGGUUGAGGAGUCAUUACGUACCCAGGUUAUGGUGGCUCAAGUACAAGCUGGCAUGUGGAGAAGGAAUGGCUACUCACUUCUUAAUCAGCUCUAUUUCUAUCAUAGUGGUCGAUGUAGAAUGGAAAUGCAAGACAGGGAUAUACACAUGUUACAAAUUGGUGGUGUUUUGAUGGAUCCCAAUGAGUAUAUCAUAACACUGUUGAAUAAAUUCAAUUUAGUCAACGUUAUGAGAGAAAGCUAUGAUAAAAUACCUCCCACUGGAAGUGAGGAAACACAGAAACAGAUGCAUUCGGACACAUUGACUGAAGAAUUCCUUGGGUUGUUGAUAGUUAUACUUAGUGAGAGAUAUGCCACUGGUAUUGGUGAAAUUACAGAGGAGGAUAGAGUGAGCAGAGAAGUCAUACAACAGCUGUGUAUUUGUCCAAUGGCACAUAGUGAACUUAGUAAAAAACUUACAGAAGAUCAUAACCAUGAAACUGGUUUGGAAUCUGUCAUACAUAAAGUAGCUAUAUUCAAAAAGCCUGGUGCAACAGGGAAGGGACUGUAUGAGUUAAAACCUGAGUAUUUUGAAAAAUAUGAUCCAUUUUUCUAUCAUUACUCUAAGGCUGAGCAGUCUAAGUCGGAGGAGACACAGAGGAAGAGGAAGAAAGCAAACGGAGAAGGGGAAGCCUUGCCACCACCAGUGCCUCCACAGUGUACUGAUGCAUUUAAACCAUUAUCAAGGCUACUACACUGUGAUGUGAUGACACACGUAUUCUGUACCAUUCUCAGACGAGCUACAACGUUCAGAUCUAGAGGAUGGACUGAAACCAUGGUUCAACGGACAUUGUAUCUGAUUGGUCUGGCUCUACAUGAAGAAAACAUUUAUCAUAACCAACAAGAAGAUUUUGGAUUCAUAAACAAAGCUACAUCAGGGAGUCCCUGUCUGCUGACAUUGCUCGAAAACCUGGCUAAAGUACAGAAACUAGAGGAACAUAAAGAUUUGCUGUCAUGGGUACUAAAGACUUUUGCAGCUGUGCAGCAACUGAAAGGAAAAGAAAGUACCAGUGUUGAAGUGAAAACUGAUAUUGAUGCCGAGAAGGAAAAAAAACGAAAAGCUGAAUUAGCGCAACAGAGACGUGCACGUAUCAUGGCACAGAUGUCAGCAAUGCAGAAAAACUUCAUCAAAGUUAAUGCUGAGUUGUUUCAAGAGACCAGUACUGAGCUGGAUUUUGAAAGUGGAGGCUCCUCCAUGGAUACAAGUGAGUUUAGUGCUCAAUACCCGGUAGCUGUUGGUGCCAAAAGAACUAAAGUAACAGAAUUUGGUCUGACUAGGUGUACAUGUAUUUUAUGCCAGGAAGAUCAGGAACUAACAUUAGAUGGAAGAGCCAUGAUAUUGGCAUCUUUAGUCCAAAGGUCAACUGUGUUAUCAAAGUCAAGGGGCAAGACAAUAAAAGAUACAGAAAAAUACGACCCUUUGUUUGUUCCACCAGAUUUGUUUUGGGGAACUCAUGUUAGUACAUGUGGUCAUGUCAUGCAUUUUGACUGCUGGCAAAGGCUGUUUGAAUCUGUCGUUGCCAAGGUACAGCGACGACCUUUAGGUUUCCGUUCUUACCUAAGUUUUGAUGUUGAUAAACAUGAGUAUCUAUGUCCCCUUUGUGAAUCACUGAGCAAUGCAGUACUUCCGCUGUUACCCCAUCCAGCAAUGCAGUUGUCUUCAUCUGCAGAAGGUUCAGAAACUGAGAAGACUAGUGAUUUGGAGGUAUCGUACAAUGAUUGGUUAGAUGGUAUCCAGUCAAUAUUACGUGCCAGUAUUGAAUCAGCUGCUAAAUUAAAACAGUCAGAUGACCUAGACGGUAGUUUACUGGAUCCUUGUCCAAUCCCGUCAUUGACAAGAAUGAUGGCUCAGACAGUGGCAGAAAACUUUCAACUCAUAUGGGAGUAUGUCUAUGCAAGCACAUCACAGUUUUCUGACAGUGUCAAAGAAAUGAUUAAAAUGUUUACUAGAUCAUCAUUCAUGGUUGGUCUCAAUUCCAUGCCUAAUGAUGAAGAUGAAAGAGUAGCGAUAUUAGCAUGGUGUACAUGUGCAUAUACCAUACAUACAACAGAGAAUCUACUUCGAGAUGAGGCUAAGCCAUUAUUUGGUGCACUAUCCUCAAGACAGAGUGAUUGUCUAAAUGCAUUGGUAAGAUUUGCUGCAGUUUGUGGUCAUGUGACAAACACAACAGCUGGCCAGAAACAUGCUUUGCGACUGUUAUCAACUAUUACUGCCAUAGAGGACGCUGUAGAAACCUUACCCUGUAUCCUGGAUAUUGACAUGUUUACUUUAUUGGUGAAUACAUGUUUAUCAAUACCGUUACUACAACACUCUGACAGUGGCAUCAAUACCCAACUAUCUGGUGAAUCUAUAAACCAUCAACAUGUUUUACAAAUAACAAUGACAGCUCAUAUUAUGCAGAUAUUACUCACACCCUGGUCUGCAUCAUCGGAUUGUGAAAUGGAACAGGAUGGUAAUGUGGAAGCACAGCAGCUGUUGGAAAUAUACAAGCAAGUGCACAUGUUAGUUGGCGUGACCCCUGAAAUGGUUCCAUCACCAUGGCAAUUGUGGUGUCAUCUAAGGAAAUCAUGUCUUCCGUUCUUACGUUGUGCAGCAUUGUUUUUUCACUUCUUAACUGGUGUGGCUAGUCCUGCAGAACUUCAAAAUGUUGGUUUGAAUGAGUUUGAGUCGCUAUGUAAAUAUCUGUCAAUGCCAUCCAAUCUUACAUUGUUAUUUGAUAACGAGAACUCGCUCCAAAUGAAAUGUAUACUUGAAAGAUGGUGUAAACAUCCUGAUAUCAAAACAAAACUGUGUGCUUCAUCUACACUAGUCAGGCAUCCAUUAGAAGUUAAUCAAUUAAUUCAAUUACCGCAGGAUUACAGUGAGCUUAUAAACUCUCCUGGAAUAUCAUUAUUUGUAUGUCCUAGAGGUGACAGUCGGGCACCAGCACUAUGUUUGUUAUGCGGCUCUAUACUGUGUUCUCAGAUCUACUGCUGUCAGAAUGAAGUGGAUGGUGAAAUCCUUGGGGCCUGUAUGACACACACAUUUACAUGUGCUGCUGGCAUUGGUAUCUUUCUAAGAGUACGCGAAUGUCAGAUUAUGAUUCUAUCUAAGAAUAAAGGCUGUUUUUUCACUCCUCCGUAUCUAGAUGAUUACGGUGAAACUGAUCAGGGACUCAAGAGAGGCAAUCCACUUCAUUUAUGCAAAGAGAGGUAUCGUAAAUUACAGAAGCUAUGGCUGUUGCAUGGGUUGCCUGAAGAGAUAGCUCAUCAGUUAGAGUCAAAUAAGAAACUGUUUGACAUAGACUGGCCCAAUUUGUAAGUCAGUCUUUUUUUAAUGAAAUGCCUUAGAAUUGAAAAUUAAUCUACUCAAAUAUAACUUGGCCCGGUGUGCUUGCCACUUAUAUUUAAAUUUCAUUAGUAAUUUGCGAAUAUAUUAAUUUCUUAUAAGGACAGAAUUUGAUGAAGCACUCUCUUUACAUCUUUGUUAUAAACAAGAAAAAGAGAGUAUUGUUAAAUUGACAGGCUGUUAACACUUACACCACACACUGUUAGUUAAUUGUAGCGUGCUGUGAAAUUCCUUUCAUUGAUAAAUGCACAUUGUUUGUAUAAUUACAUAU